AUGUAUACGCAUGAUACAAACCACAGUUCCAGGAUGGACAUCUCAUCACCGACACCAUCUGAUCAGCAAUAUUCACUCAAAUGGAACGACUUUCAAUCGUCAAUAUUAACGUCAUUUCGACAUCUUCGUGAUGAAGAAGAUUUUGUUGACGUAACUUUAGCAUGUGAUCAACGAUCGUUUACAGCCCACAAGCAAAAUCAGAGUUCAACAUCAAUUCCAUGGGAUCUGAUUGCAGAUGAUUCAUCACAACCGACACCACCACCACAGAAACGAAUUAAGUCGGCCGAGCUUUAUAAGAAACAACAUGGGCUCACGGAUGACCAAUUGAUUGUGCGCGAUCAUGUUUCAAUACAUCAGCAUGCCUUGCGACGCGAACGUGAUAAAUCGAAAGACUCUCGUGAACGUGACAGGAGCUUAGAAAUGAAGGAAUCUUUGUUGAGUCAGGCUUUAGAAGGUGGACCGACACUUACGAUUCCUACGCAGCACUCGGAUUUGCAAUCGCUACAAGCGCAAAGCACUGGUGAAGAUUCAAAUAGUAGCGAUACGGUUGCUUCCGAUGCGGGAGAUGGAGCGAUGGAUGGCUUAAAUGGUUCCUUGGAUCAUUCGCGAACACCUUCAUUUGCCAAUUCUUUUCUCGGUCUUCAAAAUCUUCCUGGUUUACUUCCCGGCCCUUCUGGAAUGCCCGACAACUUUGAUGCUCAACAACAUUGUGUAGCCGUUAUAAAGCAGGAAGUUCAUGAUAUUGAUGGAGAUGAUGAUGAUGAUGAUGGUGAUGUUGAUGAUAAUGAAAUGCCACAUGAAAAGUCGGUUAGCAUAUCUUCACCUUCUAAUGCAACUAAGUCUGUUGUCGCUCAUGAGUCCGCAGGUCUUCCAUCUGCAGUCACAACACUCCAACAAACUCAGAAAAGCUUUAAGGAACGCUUCCGACAACAGCAAGAAGAAAUUGUAAAUCGAUUACAUAAGGCUGUAACCGAUAACCUGAAACUCAUGAAUCAGGGAACGGAAUCAUGUAAUGGAAAUGGUUUUGCAAAUAAACAAGACGAUUUAUGUUCGAACCGCAAUCUAAAUAUGAACUUAAGUGCAAACAGCAGUAGGUUCGCCGUCAGAAAUUACAAUGGAAGCACAUCAGAAGUUAAAACGUGUCGCCUUAAUAAAAGUAAAAUAAGUAACGCGAUGAGUGUUGUGCAACAGCUUCACUCAAAUGUACCAAAUGAUCUCUUUUCAAGUCUUAUUGAUAACGACGAUAACAAUAAUAACAAUAGUAAUAAUAAUUUAUUGCACGAUGAUAACAAUAGUGAUAGCAACUAUCUUCUGCCAUGCCCACUUUGUGAAAUUCCAUUAGAACCACGCGUCUUCCGACAACAUUUGGAUCGGCAUUAUCCACGUGAUAGUCCAAUAUGUCCGGUACUUCAAUGUGGCAGACGCUUUGCUCAUCCAAAUAGUGUUAGAAAUCAUAUGAGGUUGAAACAUACGAUACAAUGGAAUCGCAUGAAAUCAAUGAGAUCAUCGGGUGUUUCACGUCGUUCUCUAGAAAUGCGUGUAAGAGCUACAGAUCCCCGUCCAUGUCCAAAAUGUGGUAAAAUUUAUCGUUCAGCACACACAUUGAGAACACAUCUUGAGGAUAAACAUACAAUCUGUCCAGGCUAUCGAUGUGUUCUUUGUGGAACUGUCGCCAAAUCAAGAAAUUCACUUCACUCUCAUAUGUCACGUCAGCAUCGCGGAAUCUCAACAAAAGACUUGCCUGUUUUGCCUAUGCCAAGUCCAUUCGAUCCUGAACUUGCAUCAAAACUUUUAGCAAAAGCUGGAGUUUCAAUUUCAGCUGCUGAAUUACGUGCUCGUGCAUCACCAACAGGUUCACGAAGAUCAGAUAUGAAGCUUGAAAUGAGAUCAGGUGAAGACAGUGAUCUUGAUGAUCCUGAAGAUCUUACCAUGGCCCAUGGAUUGGGAAAUAGCGGUAGUAAUAAAUUCAACACGGGAUUUUCAUCUAAUCCUUUCAAUCAUCCAAACACCACAAUCACACGUGUUCGUCAAGAUGCACAAAAAAUGCUGGAAUCACAAAAAGACAACGCGAUGCAGCAUAGUGCAGCGACAGGUUCUGCGAUUUUAGAUACUUACUUGCAAUUUAUAACAGAAAAUACUUUUGGUAUGGGAAUGACACAAGAACAAGCUGCAGCAGCAAUUCAUGCCGCAAAAAUGGCACAGAAAAUGGCAAUGGAGAGAAAUUUUGAUAAACUUCCACCUGGUUUCUUUCCACCACAUCUCGAUAUCUCCAAGAUAACAAAUCAAGACUCGAAUUCAAAAAACUUGAACCUUCCGAACGUUACUAUCGAACCAACGUCGAAUAAUUCCGGCCACAAAUCGCUUAACUUAUCUGGCAAUAGUGGACUUGACAUUCGGAGGAGUGAACAUUCGGAACGCGACGAUCAAUC